AUUGACAAUUUGACAUCAAUCGUCUGUGUUGUGUUUAUGCCGCUAUUAUUUCUUUUUAAAUUAAAGGAACUUACUUUUCAUACGUUAUGAAGACGAAAAUAGAAUCUACACAAUCUGCUGAAAAGCCUAAAAUACCUUUGCCAACACUUUCUCAAAUAAAUGCUGAUAGAAUUACUCAACUUGCAACACAAUAUUGGUCACCCCAAACUAAGGAUAAUCACUUACCUUAUGAUGCUGCAAUUGUGGAGUCAAUAUACCAGGCAGAAAUCCUUGGAUCAAGUUUUUCAGUACGAAGGAUCAUGAUGCUGGAGUUCUCACAGUACUUGGAAUGCUACUUGUGGCCAUAUUAUGAGGCAGGAAAAGCAUCACACGCUCACAUGAUGUCCAUAGUGGUCAUGAUUAACGAGAAAUUCAGAGAACGUGUACCAGCGUGGCAGGCCUUCCUCAAGAAGCCAGACCAUUUUCCCGCUUUCUUUGAACAAGUCCUAAGAGCUACCGUGGCUGAUGAUCAUACAAGUCGAAACAUGCGCGAACAGACUGCCCUAUUAUUGUUCCUGAACCAUUGCUUCGGCAGCAUGGAGGUGCAGCUCUGCAGGGACCAGGUGAAGAGGCUGGUCUCACUCAGCAUGUGGAUUAGUUUACAAGAAGGUAGGAGAAAUCAAGAGUUCAAAGCGGUUCCCAAAUGGCGCAAAUACUGGCGGGCGAUACAGAAAAAAGACAAGCCAGAACUUUUGGAAAAGUUAAAUUGGGAACGACGCUACCUUCAACGACUCAUGGUGAAGUUCAUGAAGGUGCUAGAAGCGAUUCCAGAAACUGGGGAUGUCGAUUCUAACACUGUGAGAUAUUGCGAGAGAUUCCUGGAGCUGAUGAUAGACUUAGAAGCGUUAUUGCCGACGCGUCGUUUCUUCAACACUGUGAUGGAUGAUUGUCAUCUGGUGGUACGGUGCUCCCUCGCUCCUCUCACGUCCAGACCUGAAGGCCAGCUGUUCUCACAGCUUCUACAAAUGCUUAAGUUUUAUGCGCGUUUCGAAAUAAGCGACGAAUCUGGAGAUCCGAUGACGGAUCGUGAUAUGACCCUAUUGCAUUACUCCAGGAUUACUUCAUUACAGAAAGCUGCAUUCGCAAAGUUUCCCGACUUACGAUUAUUUGCUCUGGCCAACGUUGCAAGUGUGGAUACCAGGGAUAAUCUUCAAAAACAUUUUGGAAAUCUCAGUGAAAAAGCUCUUCGUGCAAUCGCAACCUACCUGAACCUGGUACCCUUAGAAGGUAAAGAAGAGGAAGCUCCGUGGCAUCGUGUUGACAAAUAUUUCCUCAAAGAAUUAUUGAUAUCGCGGCACGAGCGACGGAUUUCACAACUAGAAGAAUUAAAUUUGAUGCCAUUAUAUCCCACUGAAGAGAUAAUAUGGGACGAAAACGUGGUGCCCACCGAAAUAUACAGCGGGGAGAAUUGCCUCGCAUUGCCUAAACUGAAUUUACAAUUUCUCACUCUGCAUGAUUACCUACUCCGGAACUUCAAUCUAUUUCGUUUGGAAAGCACAUAUGAAAUACGGCAAGAUAUAGAAGAUGCUGUGUAUAGGUUAGCACCAUGGCGUGCCGAAGACGGAAGCGUAUAUUUCGGUGGUUGGGCUCGUAUGGCACACCCUAUAAAAAGCUUCGCUGUCGUAGAAGUCGCCAAACCCAACAUUGGCGAAAAAGCUCCAUCUCGAGUGAGGGCAGACGUGUGCGUUACCUUGAGCGUUCGCAACGAAAUCAAGCAUGAAUGGGAGAGUUUGAGAAAACACGAUGUAUGCUUCUUAGUUACAGUACGCCCGACACAAGGAAUAGGAACUAAAUACGAUUAUAGAAAAAGUAUGGUAGACCAAGCGGGAGUGGUUUAUGUGCGCGGAUGCGAAGUGGAGGGUAUGCUCGAUGCUUCCGGGAGAGUAAUCGAGGAAGGUCCCGAGCCGAAACCAGAGCUAGACGGAGACUCUAGAACGUUCCGUCUCCUUUUAGACCCCAAUCAGUACAGACUUGAUUUGGACCGUGCAAGCAAAGGAAACGAGGAUGUCUACGAGACGUUCAAUAUUGUAAUGCGUCGGAAACCCAAAGAAAAUAAUUUCAAAGCUGUUUUGGAGACUAUCAGAGAACUAAUGAACACUGAAUGCGUUGUGCCCGACUGGUUGCACGACAUAGUUCUUGGUUAUGGUGAUCCAGGUCAAGCGCACUACACCAGGAUGCCAAAUGAGAUUCCGACACUGGACUUCAACGACACUUUCUUGGACAUGGAACACUUAAGGAACAGCUUCCCCGGAUAUGAGAUCAAGGUGAACACCGACGAUCCGCGGAAACUGGUGCGUCCCUUCAAGUUGACUUUUGAAAAUGUUCUGCGAAAACUUGAACUCGGUGACAACGCUAUGGAAGAAGACGAAGAGCGGAAGGUUAUCAUCGUCGAACCGCAUGUUCAACCGAAACGUGGCCCUUACCUUUACAACGAACCUAAAAAAAACAAUAUACUAUUUACGCCGACUCAAGUAGAGGCGAUCCGGUCAGGAAUGCAGUCUGGACUCACCCUUGUCGUCGGACCUCCAGGAACAGGUAAAACGGACGUAGCAGUGCAGAUAAUAUCGAAUCUGUAUCAUAACUUCCCGUCGCAACGGACUCUGGUGGUGACUCACAGUAACCAAGCGCUCAACCAGCUGUUCGAAAAAGUAGCGGAGUUGGACGUUGAUGAACGGCACUUGUUACGUUUAGGACACGGUGAAGAAGCUCUGCAGACUGAUAAAGAUUUUUCCAGAUACGGUCGCGUAAACUACGUUCUGGCCAAGAGAUUAGAGUUGCUGGAGCUAGUAGGAAAAUUGCAGAGUACUUUGGAAGCCGGUGGUGAUGCGGGCGCAACGUGUGAACUAGCUCAUCAUUUUCAUGUGUACCAUGUGCGCCCACGCUGGGCCGCCUUCCAGGACCACUGUGCACGUGACCAGACUAAAUCGAUUGAAACUAUCGGCAAGGAGUUUCCGUUCCACGAAUUUUUUGACGAUGCACCUAAACCUUUAUUCCCUGGUAAAUCUUACGAAGAAGACAUGGAGAUAGCUAAGAGUUGUUACAGAUACAUUGAUCACAUAUUUGAAGAGCUGGAGGAAUUCCGAGCGUUCGAGCUGCUUCGAUCAGGAUUAGAUCGUUCCAAGUACUUAUUGGUAAAGGAGGCCAAAAUUAUAGCCAUGACGUGCACACACGCUGCUCUCAAGCGAUCUGAAUUGGUUCAAAUGGGUUUCAAAUAUGACAACAUCCUGAUGGAAGAGUCCGCACAAAUCUUAGAAAUAGAGACGUUCAUUCCGUUGCUCCUUCAGAACCCGCAAGAUGGCCGCUCCAGAUUAAAAAGGUGGAUAAUGAUAGGUGACCAUCACCAGCUGCCACCAGUUGUGAAGAACAUGGCCUUCCAGAAGUACUGCAACAUGGAGCAGAGUCUCUUCACCAGGAUGGUGAGACUGGGAGUGCCUUACGUUGAAUUGGAUGCACAAGGACGUGCCAGACCCAGCAUCUGCAAUCUGUACCGUUGGAGAUAUCGCGCGCUGGGCGACCUGAGUCACGUGACGCGACUGCCCGAGUACCGCGCUGCUAAUGCGGGAUUCCGCUUCGACUUCCAGCUGAUCAAUGUGGACGACUUCAACGGGGCCGGCGAGACAGAGCCCAGCCCUUACUUUUACCAGAAUUUAGCGGAAGCGGAAUACGUCGUAGCUGUGUUCAUGUAUAUGCGCCUAAUAGGCUGGCCAGCGGAGCGCGUCUCCAUUCUAACCACAUAUAAUGGACAGAAACAUCUUAUCAGAGACGUCAUCGACAAAAGAUGUGCCGGUAACCCACUAAUAGGACGUCCGCAUAAAGUGACAACGGUGGACAAGUACCAAGGACAACAGAACGAUAUCGCGCUGGUUUCGCUCGUUCGUACUAAAGCUGUGGGUCACGUGAGAGAUUUGCGGCGUCUCAUAGUAGCGGCAUCGAGAGCACGUCUGGGCUUAUACAUAUUCGCGCGAGCUAACCUCUUCAGGAACUGCUUUGAACUUCAGCCAACAUUCAAUCAGUUGGUCGAGCGUCCGCUGGAGUUGGAACUGGUACCGGGGGAGCGGUACCCCGCCCAGAGGGGCGCGGGGGCAGCGGUACCGCCCGCACUAGUGCUCACUGUACGCGACAUGCCGCAUAUGGCCAGAUACGUGUACGACAUGUAUCUGGACACCAUACGAGACGCUAACCAAGAGGGCACUCGACAAUACUCAGCACCUGGGACAGCUGCGGCCGCCCAAUCUAAAUCUCCGGAGCGAUUCGUGGCAUCACAUCCAGCUGCUGACUCUGAUGACGAUGAACCAUCUGCCUUCCAACCUACAGAUAUUGUCAACGAAAUCGAAGAGGCAUAACCAUCGCGAUAUACUAAAGGUACUCAUAUCAAAUAUGAGACGUUUAUACUUAAGUUGAAGAUUAAACUAAGUGCAACGUUUCUCGGAAAUAAGACUGUAAAAUGUAAUUUCUGUCAUAAUUCUAAAUAAAUGAUUAAGUUGAAUGAUCU